AUGGGUCGCAUUAAAAAAAGUUUAUUAAUACACCGUGCAAAUGCCAAAAAAAUAAGACAACAAAGAAGAGAUAAAGACAAUUUACCAAUUGUUAACAAUGCAUAUGACUUAGAAAAUGAUGAAGUAGCAGAAACUACAAUGAAGAUUACAACAAAAUUAUAUGAAUGCAGUAGGGAAUUACAAAUAACCCAGUUUUUUGACCCAAUAACUAACAUAAAUUCCAAUAAUGAAACCAUAGAAGACCAGCAAUCGGAUUCUGAAAGUAAUCUCUUGCCUCUAUCUCAAUGUGGAAAGCAUCCAUCGCAAUCACUUCUUUAUGAUGAAGAUGUCUCUUUAAAAAUAUUAAAUUACCUAAAAGCAACAAAAUUUAAAAUAAAAGAAUAUGAAAGGUUAAUGCCUAAGUGGAUUGAUAUUAAUUGUGAAGUUUGUGAAGAGCCGCAUCUCUUAUCUGCACCCAAAGGUGAGCAGCUGUUAAGAAAAAAAGAACUUGGAAAAGGACUUCAUAUUAGUAAAUUUCUAGUAGAAACAAUUGGAAGGUUGAAAGAUGAAGAAGAAGAAGCAAGUUUAAUGAUGCAAUUAGUAAAAAAGGCUAUAGAAAUAUUUGAGCGAUCUCAUCCGAGAUGUGUUGGAGUUUGGGCAUUUGAUAAUGCCACUAGCCAUACACUUAUGGCACCUGAUGCGCUAGUAGCUACUAGAAUAAAUUUGAAACCUGAUGGAAUGCAGCCAAAGAUGAGAGACACUAUAUAG